UCUACGAGCUCCUCGCCUUAUGUUUAAUAUCUCUUCCUUUCGUCUCUGUUCUUUUGUUUAACCAUCUCUUCAUUUACCACUACAAAGUGUGGGUUAAUUAGCAAUCUUUGUUUGUAGAGCGUCAUAAUGCCCCAAAGAUGUUUAUAUUCUUUGUACUUUUGAUCUCUAUGUCUUCUGUUACAGAAUCAGGAGAACGGGGAAGGAUUAUAAGGAAGAGGAGGAAACUAUGGCAACAGGCUUCUUGUGUCCAUGGAAUUCAAGUUUAAUACAUAGUUCUAGAAAAGAAAAUCCGUUGUACCACAGAUCAUUCCUCGUUGCUGGACGGAGAAUACUAGAUGUAGCAACUGCAAAAAGAAACCCGAGUCGUCAUGGUUCUCAAAAGAAAAUAUCUCAUAGGUUUUCUGUGUUUGCUGUGACCGAAAGCUCUAAAGAGCCUAGCAAGACUGAAGAAACAAUCCCUGCUUGGGCCAGGGCAGAUUCAGAUGUGCCCCCUCCUUGGGCUCAAGAUGAAGGCAAGGAAAGUAAAUCGCAACAGAUAUUUGAGAUUCCCUUCUAUGUUUACUUACUUGCCUCGGCAGUCACUGCAAUUGCUGCUAUAGGUUCUGUUUUUGAAUAUGUGAACCAAAGGCCUGUGUUUGGAAUUUUGAACUCAGACAGCAUUUUUUAUGCUCCAUUGCUUGGAUUUUUCGCAUUUACUGGUAUUCCCGUUUCAGGAUUCCUGUGGUUCAAAUCUGUUCAAGCUGCUAACAAGGAAGCUGAGGAACAAGACCGGAGGGAUGGCUAUCUGUAGGGUCAAAUCUUUGCCAAUUAACUGCCAUGUAGAGUUACUUUGGAAAACUCGAGAUGGGUCAUGUGGGGUUAUGGAAAUUGGUUCAAGGGAAAAAUGGCACCCGUUAAACAAACAGAAAUCUGGGUAGAUUUAUUCGGUUCUAAAAGUUGAAAACUUGAAUGUAAAAACCCUUGAUAGUAAUAUUGUAAAAAUGAUGGCAGUGUACAAAAAGGUUAAAUAUUCUCUUCAAGGACUAGAAAAUGUUCAGCAUGGAGUUUUAGUUACUGUAUUUUACCUGUUAAAUAUCAAGGCAUAUUUGAUAGUUGCU